AUGCCUUCGAGUAUCGCGCAUGCGUGUAUCGUUGUCGGCACGCGUUCUUUCCACGAGUUGAUCAGUGCGCGUCGAACCAGUAAGGAGGAGGUAUUGCAUCUGUUAUCGUCUCUCUUUCACGGAUAUUUACGGCGUUCUUUUCAAAUUUUGUUUCCUCGAUUACCGAAACCAUCGUGGCGUUACCCAUUUCGAAUUGUCAAACGUGCUUGCCAAGCCCAGUCACGAUUACGAAGUCACUUUCCCGCGAAUGUACAGGCGUAAGUGUCGUAUCCCGCGUAUUUGUCGCGUCAGUUCGUGAGUGUAUCGCGAGUGUCCGCCACGGGAAUAAUUAUGAGUGGUAUGCUGUCGAUGUUAUGUGUUAUCCUGAUCCUUAGCGUCACGACGACGACGGUACGCGCCGGAUUGAAAUGUGACGGUGUUAAACCUUACUUCGAGUCCCAAGGCUUUCCGGCCACUGACAUUCCCAAGGAGGCGAUUUCGUCAAAGGAGCUGAAAGUAUGCGGCAGCGUGAGAAGCGGCGGCGAGGUGUGCUGCUCCGCGGACAUGGAGGUGAGACUGCAGGCGAGGGCACGCGACAAACAUGAGAAAGCCACCAAAGAAACUCUUCAGCGGUUGCACCAGGUCCUGUCUACGAGAGGGACCAGGUUCCACAGUUUCUUCAAGGAUCUUCUCGCUAAUAGUAAAAAGGUUUUCCACGAGAUGUUUAAGAAGACUUAUGGAAUUCUCUAUGAACAGAACUCCUUUGUAUUCACCGACCUAUUCAAGGAACUGGAGAACUAUUAUGCCAAGGGAACGGUCGAUCUCGACGAUACCAUGGACAAUUUUUUCAAUACUCUUUAUCAGAAAAUGUUCACGGUGCUGAACAGUCAGUACAACUUUGACAAUAAAUACUUGGAGUGUGUGGGAGAACAUAUGAAGGAAAUCAGACCGUUCGGCGAUGUUCCUCAGAAAUUAGGAGUGCAAAUCAAAAGGUCUUUCGUCGCGACAAGAGCCUUUAGUCAGGCCUUAACGGUGGCUGCGGAUGUCUUGAAGAACAUGCAGUCGUUGAAACCAUCAGCCGAUUGUGCAGCUGCACUCACAAGAAUGACGGUGUGUCCGUCGUGCAGCGGGAUCGCGGGCAACGUGUUAGCCUGUGGUGACAUGUGUGCCAACGUGAUGAAGGGCUGCCUUGCUCAGCAUGCGGCUCUGGACGCUGAAUGGAAUCACUUCGUCGAGGCCGUGGACAAGGUGGCUGACCGUCUGUUGGGUCCAUUUAACAUCGAAAUGUUAGUACGACCAAUCAACCUGAAAAUUUCGGAGGCUAUCAUGAAUUUCCAAGAGAACAGCAACGAUGUUUCACAAAGGGUGUUCACUGGAUGCGGACGACCUGUGUUGGGUAGACGCAGACGUCGAGACAAUCGGGAGUUGGAACUCGAAUCAUUGAAUUUUGAUCAGGAAACACUAACAGACGAUCGUGCUGCUAUUUUGGACAAAUUGGUGAAAGAGACACGACAGAGGGUGAGAGAUUCCAGACAAUUCUGGGUUUAUCUGCCCUAUAAGGUUUGCAACGAUGGACUCGUCGUUCCUCCUAGCAAUACGAAGGAAUGUUGGAACGGCACACACGUAGAUAAAUACAUUUACCCAGUGUCGUCGAACGGAGAGGAACAAAAAUUGAAUCCAGAGGUACGAGUUACUGGAACAAGACCGACGAUAGUCAGGGACCAGGUCUUCGCAUUGACCACUAUCACAAACAGACUAAAAUCCGCGUACAAUGGACAGGACGUCGAUUGGAUAGACACAGAAGACACCGAGUGGAACGGUUCUGGAAGUGGAUCCGGGGACGGUCCGGAUCAAGAUCCGAUCACGGACGACGAGGAUGGUUUCAAGGAAGGCUCUGGCUACGAACCGAAAUCUUCACCGCCAGAAACACCGAAACAAUCUCCUCCCGUCGAUCAUCCGGAAGUCGUGCCUCCCAGGAAAGACAUAGAGCAGAAGACAAAUAUCAACAACAACAAUGGCACGUCCAGCGUGGACAAUGGCGCGAGCAGACAGAAAAUAUCUUUGUCUCGUGCUUUGACAACGUAUCUCGUGCCCAUAGUGGUGAUGUGGUUCGGUGGCUGCCUCACCGAGUGGCUGUGAUCAUGUGGUUUCCGAGGAGAACGAUGCAGGACGAUGUAAAUAAAUAUUCCGUUUAACGUUACGUGACUCCACCUCGACUGGAACAGUGCUAUAACACGCCAGCCAAUCGAGAAAAAAAGGAGAAAGGACAGUGAUAACUCGCUUUCCAACGACGCGUACUUUUCCAUCCAUUAGGAAAAGCAUUCUUUUGCUUUCUACAAUGACGGGUACUCGGUUUUACCCUGCUUUAUUGGGGUAUUAUUCCCGAAUGACCAUUAAUGAGAUGAACAACUUAAUGUUUUGCUGACGCCGGAAUUCGAGAGGAAGACUGGUAGCGUUGAUGGAGGAUUAUAUUUGCAACUGACCUACGGGCCUUUGUACGACUGACGAGCGUGCCUUUAGGAAGAGUGGCAUGGUCAACUGUAAAAGGAUUAGAGUUAGGAAUUUAUUUUCCAGUUCCUAUUUUCUCUUGCGCCAUUGUAAAAUUUUUCGAAUUGAUCGAUUUAGGUUCGAUGUAUGUUUCUCGGUUCGUUUGGUAUAGUAUGAUCGAAAGUACGAUUGAAUAUAAAUUUGUAAUUCAAAUAUCGCGGAUUUUUACCUAUUCA